AUGAGCCUAGGUGACCCGCAUAUUUCGGGCCUACCUGCAGUGGCAACGGAGACACCUACAGUUCACUUGUACGAAGAAGCCCAAGCCGAGAUUAUGUUGAAAAAGAACAGGAUUAUACUGGACACAAUGUUGUCGUAUGAGAAGUUGGUGCACGUGUUUAAGUGCGCGGGACGCUUCUGCUCGUACACAACGGACAGCGCAGAGGACGCGUUGCACCACGUCACGACCCAUUCGCGCGUGGGCGGAGAGAACGCGUUGAAGUGCGCGUACUGCGACUUUAAUUCCCUAGACAACGCGAUAGACUUGGUGACACACGUUUUCAAGAGCCACGGCUUCUGCCAGUACGCAUGUUGCUACUGCUUCUACAGAGCGGUGUCCAGUCAAAUGGUUAACGCGCACAUCGAUAGGAUUCAUGCGACUAUGCCCAUCAAAAAGGUGCUCAAGACAUCGUUCACAACGGAGCCGCCAGAAGACAGCCAGAUGCUAUCGAGAGAAGAUGCCGUGCCGCACUACGUUUGUAAUUGUGAUGAGGAUAAUUCGAAGUGUAAAUUCAAGACUUACACGCCAGGAAAGCUGUGUGAACAUAUGAAAAGUAAACACCCCAAUGCUGAAGUAUAUGAAUGCUAUAUUUGUCAAUUGACCUCGCAGAAUGUGGCAGAGAUAAUUCACCAUUACAAAACCCAUGGACUAAAGCUGUACCAAUGCGCGCGGUGCGUGUUCGGCGCGGACUCUGAGAAGGAAUUGUUAACUCAUGCGUCUAUCUACCACUCUAUUUAUCAGCCUCAAGCGUAUCUGAGAGUUAUUACGAACAAGGAAGGAACAAAAGAGUACAGAGUUCUGCCUUUGGCGCACUUAAACAAAACGAACGCACUAACAAUAGACGUGCCUCCGUCUAGUAUAAGAGACAAUCCCGUCAGAGAGGCAGAGAGAUCAGUCGACCUGGAGAAGCUUAUCGGCCACAGCGCCACGUAUAGAGAGCCUGCGUCCGAGCCUAGUGCGGAUGGUCCCUCGGAACAGAGCCCCGAAGGUCGUGCGCUGGAUACUAUCCUCGAUUUUGCCCCGGAAGUUAGGCCCUGUACACCACCGGUGCCCAUUGCGCUAGAGCAACAAACCACGCCCAUCAUCAAACAAGAAUCGAUGAUACGAGCGUCGACAACACCGCAGCAAACCUCUUCGGAUAUAAUUUGCAUAGACAGUGACGAAGAUGGACUCGACGUCUCUAGCGCUUCCAAUAUAUCCACAACAUCUAAUGUUCCGGCUGAAGUCGAAAUUCAGUCGAAACCAAUGACGUUUCCACUGAGUUACCUCUACAAGUGCUCCGAAUGUGGUUCGCUAUCGAAGAACGCAGUAGGAUUUAGACAGCACCUAAAGGGCUGCUUCGAAAACAGAGACAUCGUGCCGUGCGCAUUCUGCCAAUUUAAAGGCCGUAAAUCGCGCAUCGUAACCCACUACAACAAAACCCAUCAAGUUAAGUUAACCAACAAUAUGAGGCACGACUGCGGAGAUUGCGGCGCCACGUUCAUGUCUACGGAGGCGAUCAAGAAACACCACAAGGACGAGCACGACGCGACAGAAAUCAACAUUAUCAACAAGGUGGUCGACAAAGUGAAAAUUAGAGAAGUGACGAAGAGGGUGACUCUGCGGCGCAAAUCGGCGGCGAGCAUUGGCGGGGAACCGCCGGCGAAAAUGAAGAAGUUCGGUCCUCAAGACGUCAACCUGCUGCCCAUUAAUCCUAUAUUCGAUGAAUCCAUUCAUUGCUCUUUGUGCGAGUUCUCCACGAAGGUCAGGUUGAAUAUGGUCCGCCAUUUGCAAUUGCACGCGAAUCAGCAACCGGUGCCGCAAACCGCCCCCGUCAAUCCUGUGCCGCAUCUGGAAACCAACGAAAAACACUUCGACAAGAUGGUAAAUCUAGCUUCCAGUUCGCUGCUCACUAGACAAGACAAGAACAUCAGGAGCGAACCCGUUGUGACCCACAUGAUUUCACCAGACAAAACGUCCCGGUAUCCCAAAUAUGUUCCGGAGAGGACUCGUCACACGUGCGGAGCGAAAAACUGCCUCUACAUAUCGUCGGACGAAAGUAUGCUCAAAUACCACUGGGAGACUUUACAUUCCGGCAGCAAUGACUUCCAUUGCGUACACUGUCCUCCGUACCAGACGUUGGACACGAAAACGCCGUUGACGGCCUCCCGUAUCAUCGCCCACUUGAGGAUGCACGACGUGAGGCUAUAUGCCUGCUCGAGAUGCACCUUCUACCACUACAAACGCCAAGUUGUAGAAAGGCACAUGAAUGAAAUUCAUAAGGAGUGCAAGGUCAUGACCGUGAGAGAAGAAGCAAAAGAGGUCGUGCCUCAGGCCACCGCCGCUCCCGCUCCCACCAUGGACCUGAAGCCGUGGCAAUGUGGCCUCUGCGAGUUCAAAAGCCUUCUACGUCCCGAAGUUUCUGAACACUGCGCCAAGUUACACAACUCGAAGAUGCAAUUCAAGUGUGUGUAUUGCGCUUUCAGAACUUCGAAUAUAGAGAACGUGACGAAGCACCAAGCCAAGUCGCACCAAGGUAAACCCGCUGUGACCUUCUAUUUUUACUACCGAGAAGGUUCAAUACCCGAGCCGGAUGGAUUGCCGUUCUGGGAGAUGCAGAGGAAUAAGUACAAUUUGACUGAAACCAAAGUGAAGACUGAGAAGGCUACUAGUCCGACCCCUAUCGCACAGACUACGACGAUACAAAGUGACGCACCGGUUGUGAAUCUGAAUAUAGUCAAGCAAGAAGCCAAGGAAACUUCGGAGGAUAGUAUGGAGGAACUUUGUGAACGAUUCGGACAGUUCUGUGAACCAAACGGCUUGAAAUACAAGUGUCCCUUGUGCAAACAAGUAAUUGAGGAUACGAAGGUGGCAAUGCAAUCACAUUUGUUUGAGGAAUUGCAGUAUAGAAAAUGGAGUUGCAGCAUUUGUUUCUACAAAGCAUUCCAUAGGCAAGGCUUAACAGAACACAUGCAAUCGGAACAUCACCAAAACCGUGACCCUGUGGAAUUACCUGUAGAUGUCCGAGUGGAAACUUGGGUCACUAAACUUUUGGAGCAUCAAGAGGCGAUAAUUAACUUAGCCAAGGAGAAACUUGAUCAGCAAAAGGCAGAAAUCCGCAAAAAUACAGAACCCUUACAACAGCAAAAAGUCCAGACGCAAGCUUCGUCUCCAUCGAGGAAUGCACAGGAUAAACCCAAUAAGGAGGAAUUGGAGAGACAAUUUGGCGCAUUAGGACAGUCGAAAAGCAUGUCCUUUUGCUGCCCCAAGUGUAACGAGCUCAUUAAAGAGGAGUGCAAUAUGCGUGAUCAUUUGGAAAGCGAGUUGAACAAAAUAAGGUGGUGCUGCAGUGUUUGCCCUAAAACAUUCCAAUCAUACCAUCAAGCCCAGUUCCAUUGUAAAACCCACUUGGGCCAAUCCUCUCGGCCGCUGGAGGCGCCGAGAGACUCUACGCUCAGAACGGCCUGGGUCGAUGCUGUACUGGAAUGUCAGAAACUCAGCAUGAAUUGUGAAACACCUGAAAAACAUAGCGAGUCGCCGGAGCCUCCAGAGAAUUCUCUCCUCGUUGUCAGAUAUGAAGAAACGGUGCCAACACCUGAGAUACAAGCGACUUCAAAUCGGGACAGUGACGACGAGCGACUAGUCAUCGCCGAGCAGCAAAGAGGCAGAAAAAGAAAAGCCACGUUAACUUGCGACCAUUGUCCUUUUAUAUCGAGCAAUAAGAAGACGUUGACGGAACAUCUGCUGCGACAUUACGGCCUUAAACCAUACAUCUGUGUAUACUGCAAGCUCACAGGUCCUCUUAGAAGUCUUCAAAAGCAUCAGAAGAUUUACCACGCAAUGAAACCAAUGAAAAUUGAAACUACCGAAGUGCCAAAUGAACCGCCAAAUGAAUAUCUCAGGAAAAAUAAGAAGGUCCAAUCCUUUGCGUACUGCGUCUGUCUGACUUGUCAGUCCCCCGUCAUGGAGAUGGACGUCUCGGAUCAUAUACACGAUAAUAUCGAGCCAGAGUUUGGUAGGUUUGGUGAAGUGAUUGUGCGGUGUUCCACGUGCAAUACGCUGCACAAGGAUAUCGGGAAGUUCCAAGAACACAGUAAGAUUAAGCACCCGAACGAUGGAAACUAUGUUUUCUACAAAUUGUCUCAUGAGCACCGCCCCAACCAAGCGUGCACCUUGUGCCCGCAGAAGUUUAGCCUCAAGAAAGACUUGAGGGCUCAUAUCGAAGCGAUGCACGCUAAGUCAAUGGAGUACGCUACGAUCGAGCGCCGCUUAUCGAAGGACGUCAUCGUGCUGGACGACGAAGAAGACACAUUGGCUGAGGUGACGCCGUCGCCGCGACGAAAAGUGGCUAGAAAAUCUACCACUAAAUUGCCAUGGACUAAAUCGGUAGCUCGAAAGUCUACUACCAAAUUGCCGAUGAAUUACAAUGAAUACUCUUUCUAUGGGACUACAUUCUCGGCCGACGGUCUCGAGAACGUGACGACCCUAAUGCCGUUUUACAACACGGUCGUGCCGGUGACCUUCCAGAGGCUAAGCGAUAUACUCAAUGUAAAUCCGAGGGUAGUCGUGAAAAAGAUGGAAAAGCCAAUAAGCGAACAUGUAAAUAAGUGA